AAAAAUUCUCUACACCCGAAGAGUACUCAUACCCGGACCCUCUCGACCAGCAGCCUAACGCUAGGCGCACAUUGCAUCCGAUAGGCCGACCGAUUUCGGCCAAACAAUUCGACCGUCCGAACUGAUGCGCACACUUAACCAGAAUAUUUGCCGACCGUAUUUGUACACACAAAUCCUAGUUUUCAUAACAAUUUUUUCUCCAUGGUUGCGCAUAUUGGAUAUUGAUAUGAGUCAUGAUAUGGAAAUAAGAAAGACGGAUGCUUGGCAGUAAAGCAAUCAAAAUUUCUUGAAAUCAGUUUACAACUCUCAAGAAUACAAUGCUGGGGGGCAUUCUAUGAAGCACUCCAAGUCGAUGCCUGACCACAGUUCCUCCUCCAGGAAGUUAACAAAUAAAUGGCCUUCCAUAAAUACAGAUAGCGGAAUCAGUCUGUUCUCAGCCGAUACUCUUAUGAAGUACAAAGACACCAGCUCGCGAUCUGGUUCAAGUACGGCCUCAAAGUCAGAAGAGGCAAAAAGAAGACUGGAAGAUGAGACCAGAAGGUCUCGUCGCUACACCCAACAACAUACACAGAUAACACAGCAACCACCUUCAUUCAGUAGCAGUAGUAGCGGAAGCAGUAGUUUACAACACCAGUCACAGCCACCGCCGCUACCGGCAAAGCCUUUAGAGACCACAACUGUCGUAUUCUCUUUCUGUGACGAAGAAUAUCCUUACAGAUCGAAAAUUCCCGGUUCACAGCCCACCCUGAAGCAGUUCAAGGACUAUUUGCCUAAGAAAGGCAAUUUCAGACUAUUAAUAACAAGCACAGCAUCAUCAACGGUGAUUAUAAGAACUACUGCAAUCCCUGCGGUUUUUCCUUUUGGUAAAUGCGUUCUGGUCGUGACCAAGGGUGGUCUUCCAAAUCAGCCGGGAAUAAGGCUAUUGUUGCAGAACAAAAUGCCCCAACCACUGCUGUGGUAAAUAUGUACCAGCAGUACUGCCAACCGCCGUCGGUGCAAUGAUUUCGAUAGCUGAACAAACGCCAUCUUCUGGGCAUUCCCACAGCUUGCCGACACCAGCUAUUAUAUCACGUCUGAAUGCAACUGCGGCUAAAUUUGGUUAUUAACAGUGCAAUAGUGCCAUGUCAUUGGCAAAAACACUAAGGGUUGCUGGCAUAUAGAGGUUGUAAAGUUUUUGGAAUCGAAGAACCUACUCGAUGAAGAUGAUGGCCCCAAACCUAUGAUGAAACAUCUUCUGGCAUGCCUUUGACAAUCGUUAAAUAUAUAUAUACAAAAUAUUUAUCGUUCUGCAGAACGUGCAUGCAUAUUCAAUUCCGAUUUUAUGGGUCGAUUACGGAGGACAACCGAACUUCAGUUGGUUGGCCAGUAGCUGAAAUGGUAUUACAGAUGGCAACUAGCAACUGAAAGCUAGAAACUGAGUUGCGCUAUAUUGGCAACUGCAUUUUUGAGGCUGCCGGGAAAUUUUGAUUGAGAUACUUUAUUUCUUUUUUCAACUUUUUUUAAUUUGUAUCAUUUUGAACUUUAUGAAACUUAAUUAUUGCUAUUCAUAAUAUAAUACAUUUUCAUUUCAGUGGCGCUGUCCAUCGGCAGCCCAACUGAGAUUCCGUUGCCAUCCAUAAUCGAUCCAUACGUCAUACUCGCACGAACUAAUCAAGGCUAUCACAGAUUCCAUCGUAGUCCGAUUUUACGUGAAAUCUACGAAAAUGCUAUUGAAUUCGAGUAGCUACGAACGCAGCGUAUGCUUUGAAUACACACGUUUAUAACAGUUCCUAUUCAGUGAUCGCCUUUUCGUAGAUUUUAUGAAAAAUCGGACUACGAUGGAUUCCGUGAUUGCCACCAAUAUGUAUUCUCCUUUGACAAGAUGUUGGAGAAUCGCGGCAACACAGCCGUAUACCUACUCUAUACUUUUACGCGCAUAUGCUAAACUUCUCGAACCUAGCUAAAGUGCUUGACAAAGGCAGAAGGCAUAUCUUCAAUAUUAUAACUUAAAUUAAGAAAGUUUAAUGCAUGCAAUAAAAGAAUACAACAGAACCAAAAAAUGUUCUCAAAACUAUUAAACAUAAAAAAUUGCACGAA